AAUGCGGCGCAGCCUUUAGUCUGCUUAGUCGUUCUCAGCCCACAACCCGCGGAUUUACAAUCAACUGUUCUCAUAGAAGUUCGCAUAAGGAGACCUUCUUUCCCAUCUCUGUCCACUUCAAAUAUGUGGUGGUCUUUGUCUCUAAACAUGGUCUAGUUGAUGUUGAUCUGUGAGGCGACAACAGCCCACCAGCAUUAAGCCAGGAUGUCCAGUAGCUCAGGCUACCCCCCAAGCCAGGGGAGCUUCAGCAGUGAACAGAGCCGAUACCCACCACACUCUGUCCAGUAUACCUUCAGCCCACGCCACCAACAGGAUUUCUCCAUCCCAGACUACCGUGCACACUUGCAGGAUCCACAGGGUCGCAGGAGACCCUCCUUACUGUCAGAGUUCCACCCUGGAGCUGAAAGGCCUCCAGAUAGACGCCAUGGUUACGAACCGCAGUUUCACUCCAUCACAGCUCAGGCAGAGAAUGAAGCCUUGGAGGUUAAACGCCCCCGCAUGGAGACUGUUGCAGAAGCCCACAUGAACCGCACCACUCCCAUUGCUGGAGGCAUCAUGCUGCCCAUGCCUCACUCUGUACAAGACAGUUUAAGAGCCACUGUGGAGGUCAAAAAGGAGUCUCAGUUUACUGUCAAAGUAGAGUCUCCAUCCUCAGGAGGCCCCUCAUUAUCCAUGGGUGAGGAGCAGGAUACGUCGCCUUCCAAACUUUCCAAGGAGGAGCUGAUCCAGAGUAUGGACCGAGUGGACCGGGAGAUUGCUAAAGUAGAACAGCAGAUUUCAAAGCUGAAGAAGAAGCAGCAACAACUAGAGGAGGAAGCGGCAAAGCCGGUGGAGCCCGAGAAGCCAGCGACCCCUCCCCCAGUGGAGCACAAGCACCGCAGCAUAGUUCAGAUCAUCUAUGAUGAAAACAGGAAAAAAGCUGAGGAGGCUCAUAAAAUUUUGGAAGGUCUUGGUCCAAAGGUGGAGCUGCCAUUGUACAACCAGCCAUCGGACACAAAGGUGUACCAUGACAACAUUAAAACGAACCAAGUCAUGAGGAAGAAGCUGAUUUUAUUCUUUAAGAGGAGAAACCAUGCACGCAAACAAAGGGAACAGAAGAUCUGUCAGCGCUAUGACCAGUUGAUGGAGGCCUGGGAGAAGAAGGUAGAACGUAUGGAGAACAACCCCAGACGCAAAGCCAAGGAGAGCAGAACACGAGAGUACUAUGAGAGGCAGUUCCCAGAGAUCCGCAAACAGAGAGAGCAGCAGGAGCGCUUCCAGAGGGUUGGACAAAGAGGGACGGGUCUUUCUGCAACAAUUGCAAGAAGCGAGCAUGAGAUUUCAGAAAUCAUUGAUGGUCUUUCUGAGCAGGAGAACAACGAGAAACAGAUGAGACAGCUGUCAGUCAUCCCUCCCAUGAUGUACGAUUCUGAGCAGAGGCGCGUGAAGUUCAUCAACAUGAACGGCCUGAUGGACGACCCCAUGAAAGUGUACAAAGCACGGCAGUUUAUGAAUGUUUGGACAGAGCACGAAAAGGAGAUCUUUAAGGAGAAGUUCAUUCAACACCCCAAGAACUUUGGCCUUAUUGCCUCUUAUCUCGAAAGGAAGUGUGUUUCUGAUUGUGUCCUGUUCUACUACUUGACCAAAAAGAACCAAAACUACAAGACCUUGGUUCGACGGAGACGAAACAAAAAGAACCAGACAGCACCCCGGCUCUUACAAGAAGACAAGUCAGAAGAGAAGAACGAGGAGGACAAAUCAGAGAAGUGUGAGAAAAACGAGGACGAGGAAAAGAAAAAGGAGGAGGAAGAGAAAGAUGAAAAGGAGGACUCCAGGGAGAUUGGCAAGGAGAGAGACAAGUGUGACGGUGGGGAGGACGAGGACGGAAAAGAGCAAAACACGCCGCGUGGCAGGAAGACUGCCAACAGCCAGGGCCGUCGUAAUCGAAGAGUCAUCACACGCUCCAUGGCCAAUGAGACUGCCUCGGUUUCAACUGAGGACGCACCCCCAUCCACCUCGGAGCCCAACCUGCCAGAUACUCCAUUGCUCCCUAAAUCUGAGCAAGCCCAGAAGGCCAUGAAGGAGCCUGCAAAACCUCUGACUCCAGUAGCUUCAGCUGAUGCUAAUAAAGCUGGUGAAACCGGGGAAACUUCUCGCUGGACCGAGGAAGAGAUGGAGGUUGCCAAAAAAGGACUCGUUGAGCAUGGCCGUAACUGGACAGCCAUUGCUAAAAUGGUGGGCACCAAAAGUGAGGCGCAGUGCAAGAACUUUUAUUUCAAUUACAAGAGACGUCACAACUUGGACAACCUACUCCAGCAGCAUAAGAAGGAUAAUCGGAGGGCUCUUGCUGAUAGAUCUCAAGGGGAAGGCCAAGCCACUGCAUCACCUGACGAUGACGAGGACAACGCAGAUGACAGUGAAGGUGGAGACCACAGCUCUGACACAGAGAGCGCCCCUUCUCCUUCUCAGGCUGACUCUACAAAAUCAUCCGACUCCAAAAUACCAGACAGCACCGCGAAUGAUGCUCAGUGCACGGACCAGGACAAAGGUCAAGCCAGCAAUGCAAAGGUGUCUGAAUCUUCAUUUGAGGACCUUCGUGUCAAAGAAGAGAAAAGCCCUGAGAGCGAGGCUGGGUCACAGGAGGAAAAAGUCCGGGUUGCUUCUUUCACUGCUCCGGUGCAUCCCAAAACUGAACCUCAGGAUGUGGACAUGAAAGCUGGAGAGGUUCAAGUCAAAGUAGAGCCUGAGAUCAAGGAAAAGGUAGAAAAUCAAAGUGAAAGACAGGGAGAGCUCCACUCAGAUAAUGACUCAAGCGCCACCUGCAGUGCUGAUGAGGAUGUAGAUGCAGAGCCUGAGCGACAGAGACUACACCCCAUGGACAAACCCUCGAUGCUCAGCUCUCCAGGCUCUGUGCUUGUAUCCUCACCUAAACAAGCCCAUCUCAGCAUCCAGCAAAUGGAGCAGCGAGCAGCUACCAUCCCACCCAUGGUGCCUGGUCCUUAUGGCCCCGGUGGAGUGUCCAUCACUGGUUUAACAAUGUUUCAACACCAAAUCAAAGCAGUUCAUGACUCAGCACACCAGGAGGAGAAGCAGAGGCCAGAUCAAGGAGACCUGGAACGUAGACCUCCCUUUAGCACUCGCAGCCCGACCGUGCUGGACAGGGACGUCCUCCACCCUGCCUCCAACCAGCUGAUCCAAAGUGUAAAUGAUGGAGUCCGCGUGACGUUCAGCCGAACCACUCGACCUCCCAACAUUCCCUCUCCUCCUCCACUCAUUCCAACCAGCAAGCCCACAGACAAGCCCUCCUUCAUCCAUGGAGGCUCCAUCUCCCUGGGAACUCCUGGCACAUAUUUGCCCUCCCAUGCUGUCUAUGGACCAGAGGGGACUAAGAGCUCUGUGGGCUCCAUCUCUCUGGGUCUGCCUCGACAGAUGGAUCCCAACAAACCUGGCACUGCAGUUUCAUCCAUACAAGAUUGCCGAGACAACCCUUCAAAGGUCGGUGAGGGCCAUGCUUUUAGAGGAUCAAUUACUCGGGGCACUCCGGCUCUGCCCCAGCCUAGCAUUGCUGCUGACCUCUUUAAAAAUACAAUAACCAAGGUGGCAGAGGAUCUGAGCACCCUGGAUAAGGCCAGGGGGGAGCAGCAGGCCAAAGGCCAUGUCAUCUACGAAGGCAAGAGCGGUCACAUCCUCUCCUACGAUCCUAUGAAGAACUCCAGGGAAAGCACUCGAAGUCCCCGAACAAGCCAUGAGCUAAAGCGCACACAUGAUUUAAUGGAGGGACCCUUGGGGAGAGGACACCCUGGCAGGGAGGGGGCUCCAUUUGAGGGGUUGAUUAGUAGAGCCUUACCAAGAGAAAGUCACCAUGGAGACUCUAAGGAACGAACACUGAUCACUGGAUCUAUCAUGCAUGGGACGCCAAGAACAGCUGCUGACAAUUACGAGGAUGCCAUAAAAUAUGGGAAACGGAUAAAAACAGAAAGCCCACCUAUCCGGACAUUUGAUGGGGCGAUUGUUAAAGGCAAACCCUAUGAAGGAGUCAGUACUAUCAAAGAAACAGGACGUUCUGUUCAUGAAAUCCCCAGCGAGUGUCAGGAUCUGUGCAAGACUGCCGACCUGCCCGACAGGAGGGUGAUGGAGGGAUCCAUGCCUCAGAUUCACUCCCUGUCCCAGUCCACUAUCAAACACAAUGUCAAGUCUCUUAUCACCAGUCCCAGUAAGCUUUCCCACAGCAUGCCCCAACUUGAAGCAAUGGAACGAGCCAAAUAUGAGGAGAGCAAGGCAGUCCGCCACACUUCUGUGGUUAACUCCACCGCCUCGGUCCUGCGCUCCACACACCAGGAAGCCAGCAAAUCCCAACAUAGCCCGAGCAUGUAUGAGGAUGCCAAUGCUCGCAGGACUCCAGUGAACUACAGCACUAAUCCUGUUUCCAGAGGCUCACCUAUGCUGGGACGUGCACCAGAUGGUGUCAUGAGCUCAAAAUCUGCUGCACAUGACAGGAAGAGUGCCAUGACCCCCACUCAGAGGGACAGCAUCCCCGCCAAGUCGCCUGUGUCAGGAGGUGAUCCUGUAGCCUCUCACAGCCCCUUUGACCCCCACCAUCGGCCUGUGGUUCCUGGAGAGGUGUACCGGCCCCACUUGCCUCCACAUCUGGACCCUGCGCUGGCCUUCCACAGAGUGCUGGACCCUGCAUUCAUGUUUCCCAGGCAGCCAUCCUCAACAGGCUACCAUAACACCUACCAGUUGUACACCAUGGAGAACACGCGGCAGACCAUCCUGAACGAUUACAUCACUUCCCAGCAGAUGCAUGGCAUCCCUCGGGCUGACAUGGCCAGAGGGCUGUCACCACGGGAACAGCCUGUUGCUAUUCCUUAUGCGCCUGGAGCUCGAGGGAUUUUUGAUGUAGCCCAGAUGCCUCCAACUAUCCUGUUGCCUCACCCUGGGGGAACAGGUGCUCCCACUUUGGAACGCACCGCCUACCUCCCUGGAGCUCAGCCCCCUUUCCCUACUAGAGCUUUCAACCCAACUUCCAUAUCGCCAGGCCAUCCAGCCCAUCUUGCUGCAGAGAGAGAACGUGAGAGGGAGCAGCAGGAGAAGGAACGGGAAAAGGAAAGGGAGCAGCAGCGGGAGAGGGAGCGCGAGCGGGAAAUGCGAGAGCGGGAAAUGCGAGAGCGGGAGCGAACCAAUGAAUAUAUACGUGGAGGUGCUAUAGAGCAGCCGGGCCGGCCAGGGAGUCGAGGCUAUCAGCACUCCCCUUCACCCUCACUUAGGACCCAGGAUGUGGUAGUUCCACAACGGCCAAGCAUCUUCAAAGGAAAGAGUGUCAUCACAUCUCUAAUGCCUCAUCCACCUGUGGUAUCAUCAGCUUCACAAAGUGGCUCCCGCUACAGCACCGCAGCCGACGCUCUGGCUGCUUUGGUGGAUGCCGCAGCUGCAGCUCCUCAAAUAGAUCUUGCAAAGGUGAAGGAGAAUAAGCACGAGAGGGACGAUGAAAUGUCCUCACCUGCUGCAGCACGGCGAGCACCAGCCCUCUCUGAACACCAGCAGCAGGAGACAGAAAGGUGCUCUCUGCAGUCACCGUACAAUAGUGCCAUAUCUCUGCCGGGUGGUAAACCUCAUCCAGGUUACACGGAGGGUCCAGGUGUUGGACUGAAGGACAAAGUCCCUCAAACAAAGUCUCGUAUUGAAGAGGAGCUUCGGACUCGGGGGAAGACAACUAUCACAGCGGCUAACUUCAUCGACGUCAUCAUCACACGCCAGAUUGCUCCAGACAAAGAUUCACGGGAACGAGGUUCUCAGAGCUCUGACUCUUCAAGCAGCUUGUCAUCUAGUCGAUAUGACAACGCUGCUGGUGGAGCCAUAGAGGUGAUAAGCCCUGCUAGUUCUCCUGUCCAGUCUCAGCAGGACAAACCAGAGGACGGGCAACAACAAGCACCAGUUGGCAUGCGUCCAUUUGAGAUGAGUCGUUACCAGCCUCCAGGGGAGCCACCCCCACCGCCUUCAUCCCAGGCAGACAGCUACUCACAUGUCCCCAAAACUCACAGAGUCAUGACCUUGGCAGACCACAUUUCGCAUAUAAUAACACAAGACUUUGCCCGGAAUCAGGACCUCCCAGUCUCUUCCUCAGCACCUUCCUCGUUCCAGAGCACCCUUCCACCAGUGUCUUCAUCAGGUCGAGUCAAAGCACCCAGCCGUUACAGUCCCGAGAACCAGGUCCAGCCCCCACAUCAUCAGAGACCAUCUAGCAGGGUUUCUCCAGAAAAUGCCCUUGACAAGCCCAGAAUCAGACCUGGGAAGUCUCCAGAGCGAGGGGGCAGGCAGAUGGAGAACUAUGAACCCAUCUCUCCUCCACAAGGCUAUCAGGGCAUGGACAAACAAGAAGCAGGUGGAGCUUCAUCCCAAAGACGAGAGGCUGACAACUCGGAGAUGAGGAGUGACUCGCGGUCCCCGGGGAGUGUCAGCUACCUGCCUUCGUUCUUCACCAAGUUGGAGAACACCUCGCCAAUGGUUAAAUCCAAGAAGCAGGAAAUCUUUCGUAAGUUGAACUCCACCUCUGGUGUAGGUGAUUCUGAUGUUGGAAAUGCGCAGCCAGGGACUGAAAUUUUCAACUUGCCUGCUGUUACCACCUCCAGCAGCAUCAACCCAAGAAAUCAGUCCUUCAAUGACCCAGCAAGUAACCUGGGCUUGGAGGACAUCAUCCGCAAGGCUUUAAUGGGAAACUUGGAGGAGAGACAGGAGGAGCACCAAGGAGGAGGAGGGGCUGUUUCCAUCAACAACACAUCAGGUGCAGUCAGUGAUACCCGGCAGGAGGCCACCCCAUCGCCUAGUAUGGGAAAACAAAAACAGGGCAAAGCAAACAGCCGGAAGUCCAAGUCCCCUAACCUGGGACAGGCCUAUACAGGAGGGGAGCGUCCCUCAUCAGUGUCCUCCGUCCACUCUGAGGGCGAUUAUCACCGACCAGCUCAACCCCAGUGGAGCUGGGACGACCGGCCCUCGUCCACAGGUCCCAUGCAGUUUCCCUACAACCCGCUGACCAUGCGCAUGAUGAGCACUGCUCCGCCCACCUCCGUAGCCUCACCGUCUCUUCAGAGCCAGCAGCAGCAGCAGCUGCCCCCAACUGGAGCUCCUGUUGCCCAGCAGCGUGUGUGGCAGUCUCUGCUGUCAGAACAAUACGAGACGCUGUCCGACAGCGACGACUGAGCUCUGCUGCCUACAACCACCAGUUACCAGAUGAGAGGCCCUGCUGAGACUGAGUCCACGCCCCUCUCCCACAACUAACCUCUUUGGCAAGUGUAAGAAGAGGAUGGGGUGGUGGCUUUUUUUUUUUUUUUUUUGGUGCUAUAGUGCCCCCUGACUGUGAGCAGCAGCACAUGACAGGCACGCCUCUCCAGAACAAGACUUCACUUUCGCUUCAGACUCCCUGUCAGAGAAAUUCACGUCAUCUGAUUGGAUGACAUCAGCUACAGUCAAGCUGAAGAACUUAAUGUGUAAAAACAAACAAAACAUAAGAAGCUAUUUCUGAAUUUUAUGUCUGAUUUCUGUAAAGAAUUACUUUGUCUUUAAGAGAAUCAUUGUAUGUAAAUAGAGUAACCUUUUGCAGUGUUUUUCUUAAUUUGAUUAUUUCUUAUCUUAUUGUUGCUUUUAAAUUGAUCAUCUUUAAAUGGGAAGAGCAGAGGUGUAAUCUUUAAUAUCGCAGGUGCUCUUAGUGCAGCCCCAAACAAAAUUACCCACUCAAAUAUUUUUUUCUUGAUUUUUUUUUUUUUUUUUUUUUUUACUAAUGCCAUGCUUAGAGAGACCGGACCUGUGGUUUGUACUUGACCCUUAGCGGAUCGUAAAUUAUGCCACACUGCCCGUCAUCCACCAAGCACCACCAGAGCCUGAAAGUUGUGGACGUCAGAGGGCAAAAUGAAAACUGUAACAUUUCGAACAGCGUCGAUAUCUGAUGACGAUGAACGGAUGGUGGAGACAACUUCUCACCACGUCUGUCAUCGCAGCAAGUUGAGAACACUGGUGUCAUAGCAGAAAGGUGAAAAGUCUGAAAUAAGCUUUCCAGAAAAUUUUAUCCUUAUGACUACUUCUGGACCCUGCCUGAAUAUUGAAAGUGAGCCAAUGACAUUUUUAUUUUUUCAUUUAAGAGACUAGUGUCACAUCUCUGCAGUUUCACUUUCCAAAAUGUCCAGAAUAAGUCUGUCAGCAAGUUUAUAUUUUUUUUAGAGGAAUACUUUUGCCUUGUGAUUUGAGAGAGAAGGCAGCUUUACCACAUUUUCUCAGAGAUAUAAGUUGUUGUUUGUAUCUGUAGUCCCUUGCUUUUUGUUUACUAUCCUGACAAAAUAAAUCUGAACUCUGCCAUGUUUUUCUCUCGAUGACACAAUAAGAUGAAUCUAACCAAACCUAAAGGAUGGUCUGCACCAUUGUUGCACUUUUGAUUGUUUUUGUGGCUUUUGACAAGAGAAAGCAUCCUACCUGCUGUGUAACUUAUUCAACCUCCAGCCCAGGACUAUACAAAGAUGUGCUUUUACUUUCCCCACCUCGCAAAAAAAAAAAAAAAAAAAAAAAAUACUUGUAUGGUUUUAAUCCUGUUUUUCUUACAGCUGGUACAUUAUAUUUUUAGCGUUGACACAUGCAUCAGAGUUACCGUUUUAAGUGCGUGGUACCAUAAAUCUUUAGUACUUUGCUGUCUUGGUGAUUCAAAGCCCUGAUCAUUUACUCUGCUUUCGUUGUGUCAGUCAACAUACAGCUUUUUAGAAUCGUACAAAGCAGCAGAUUAGUUCUGAACAUCGAAGCUACGUAACAAAAACACCAUUUUCUAACGUUCACACUGCUCAGUUGACCGGUUCUUUCUGCUCUAAGCUUGAUGUUCCUUUGUUUAAUUUCAAUUCACAAGUUUCGUCAUAGCACACACUCAGAUUUAUAUUUUGUCAGUUUUGUUUAUCCUGCUCCGACAGGAUGUUAUGUGUUUACAGACUUAACAAGAAAAAAAAAAAAAACGUUUACAAACUUGAAUCCUAAAGGAAUUUGACAUGAAG